GGCCGAAAUUGGUAAAAAUAAAAAUAAAAAGGUCUUCUCUUCCCUUUAGAUAUUUUGCCAAGGCUAAGAUGUAGUUAUUAUAUUAAUUUUGUUCCAGUUUAUAGAGCUCAAAAUCUAAGCUUUAUUUUACGUAGACUUUAGUUUUACGAACAAGGCUAAAAUGCAUGACAUGCCCCCUGAGCCCAGCUGUACUAACGAAGAGACAACUGUUGGUUAUAAACCCGUGAGUUACCUCAGAGGUGUAAAUUCUUCAAUGUGCUUACUGCUACCCACGAUGUCAUGUUCUACUUCUUUAGAAUUUAGGCAUCCUCUUUCAGAAGAAAUGAAUGAAGACCAAUUCCUUGAUAUAACCGGAGAUUCCAACAUUACCAAUAUGCAAAAUUCAGAUGUGUCUGCAGGUGAUUCUUGCUCAUCUGGAGACUCGAAUUCCGUCGUUCAAGAUCCUGUUAGUGCGCAGUUAAUAAACAACAUUAGCAUGUUGGACUAUCAAACUCUUAGUAAAAAUGAUGAUCUUAUUGUUGGGCAACCUGAAGGUUGUAAAAUCAAUGGGAAUUUGACUGUUAACAAUCGGAAAUUACCAAACUUUGUGAAUUGGAACUGGGUUAUUAUAAGAAAAGUACUAUUAUGGGUUGUUGUAUCAGGACUUGUUGCAUGUUUGGGAGCAAUCAUAGCUAUGGUCAUUACAAUGCCUAAAUCCUGUGAUCCAGAUUUGCCAUGGCACCAAGGCAAAGUGUUUUAUGAAGUAUUCCCAGCCAGUUUUAAAGAUUCUAAUGAUGAUGGAUUUGGCGAUUUUAGAGGUCUAACAAAAAAACUUGAUUAUAUUAAAGAUUUGGGAUGUAAUACAGUCAGACUUAAUUACAUAUUUGAGGCACAAGAUUAUCCUGAAAAUUAUAAUCAUGCAACAUACUUGCUUAAAGUUGAUAGAAGCUUGGGCAAUUUGAAGGAUUUUCAAGAUCUAGUAAAAGUAAUACAUGAUAAAGAGAUGUACAUCAUUUUGGAUAUCCCAGUUUUAAAUAUGAUUGCUCCUAUAGAAAAAGAUAAUGCCAACCAUUCUUCACUUGUAACAAAUGAUACAACAGUAUACUUUGGUGACAUGUCUGCUGCUAUUACAUUUUGGUCCCAAGCACAAAAUGUGGAUGGGUUUUAUUUAAAAAAUCUGGAAAACUAUGUUAAUGAUGUCAAUUAUGCUAAAUCACUGCAGAUUUGGAAGCAAAUCAUUGGAAGUGACAAAAUAUUGAUUGCAAGUGAAAAAGCUUUAGAGUCAACCAAAAAUGAUGAUCUUACAGUAUUCCUUAACAGAAUAGAUCUUAUUGAUGUUUAUUUAGAUUUAGAUGAAGGCAUUAAAGGAUUGAAGAAACAUAUUGAUAAAGUUGUCUUUGGCACUUUAAAGGCCAAAGCACAUUAUCCAUGGAUUCUCUGGAAUGUGGGAAAUGUUAACAGUGAAAGGAUUUCUUCUCGAUAUUCAAAUAAUACUCUAUCUUUAACAGCUCUUGAAAUGGCAUUACCUGGUACUAUCAGUUUAUUCUAUGGUGAUGAAAUAGGUUUGAAAGGUUUAUCCAAAAAUGAAGUUGAAAAAGAUUUUCAUGAAUACAACAAAAUUCAUAAUUUAGUUAGUAUGACAUUUACUGGCAAUAAUGAGAGUGCAGCCAUUUUACCUUGGAAUUCAAAGGCUACAUCUGGUCCAAGGUAUCAUUAUCUAAAUGUUAUAAAGAAAUUUAUUGAAACCAGAUUGAAGACUCCAACAAUUUAUAUGAGAGCUAUUUUCAAAGAUGGCACCGCCGGUAAGAAUAUGAAAAUACGUAUAAUUGAUGAAAAUUUGGUUAUUAUUGAACGUUGGUAUCCUCGGCGUAACAGUUGCGUCUUUAUUGGAAACUUUGGAGGUGAGUCAAUCACAACAGAUCUGUCAUCAAUGUUCUACAGCGGCACCGUUAUGGCCAGCACCAACAGUUCCUCUAUUGGCGAAGUUCUGUACUUUGAUAAAGUUACAUUUUCUACUAAUUCUGCAAUGAUCUUAAAAUUAGAAAAGUAAAACUGUUUUGUAUUUCAGACUUUAUUAAAGUCAAAUAAUUAUAAGUUGAAUCAAUUUAAUCGAUCAAUGUAAUUAAAAAUACUUAUGAUAUUAUAUUUACUACUAGA